GUUGAGGGGAACGAAACUUUGGGGCAUGCUCGUGUCCUUUGGACCCCAUCCGCGUGGCGGGUACGCGCCAAGCCACAGACAUGAUGGGCACAUGCGAUGUCCGUGCCGGAGCUUGGUCAUUGCUGGUGUCACGUCGCAGGCUGCACGGAAGAUGUGCACACCGCCAAAAAGGACGGUGCUGUGCAGCAAGACUUUGCGGGAACAGGCUGAACAAAUAGCCAACGAUCAAGCUGCACUACGGAUGGGCUCAGGAAGUCUAGAAAGUGUGCUGCCACAGGCUGAGCGAGAAAAGCUGGCUCGUGAAGCAGAUACUCUUUCGCCUUUUAGGAAAGGUGUGAUCUUCUUUGCCUUCCUUCUCCUGUUUGGCGGCUUGCAAGAUGGGUUUUGGCUAAUCCUUCAACCCAAGCUGGUCCCGUCAGUGGUUCGCGCGGAAGAAUCUGAUACCUCUUCCGUUCUUCUGGUUCUUCUGCUCCUGAGUGUUGGAGCAGGCCUCCUCUACGUUGGAGCUGUUCUCUUGGAACCUGCAGCCUUGCCAUCUUUGGAGGAAGUGCUACAAGAGGAGGAGCUCCAGAAGGAGGCUCAGAAGGAUGUGCAGCUUGCCCGCUUGACCGGAAGGUGGUACUAUGGAAUGAACUUGGGUCAGAGCUAUGAGAUAUUCAAAAGCAAGACUGGAGAGUGGCGAUUUAGAGAGGAGCUGGCAGGACGCUCAUGCACCUGCACUUUGAGGAUCGUUGGAAGCUGGGUUCAUGGGGACCUGGUGGACGAGAAAGGAGAAGCCGUUGGGCGCAUCCGCCUCCGUCGGACCAAUGGCAACAGUGUGGUCUCCAAUGUGAAGCUUAAGGGUUCAACCACUUGGAAUGAGAACGAAGCCAUUGGCUGGUGAAAGUGGUGCAACCGUGCUUACCCACACAAAUGACUUCAUUAAAAGAUCUCUGACCUGAGUGCAUACUGAACCUAGAGAGCUGUUGGAUGCUCUUGUACAUUGCCUGGACUGCGCCAUGCAGUUUCACGACCAGUUUUCCUUGGAGCAUCGCGUGGUUUGGGUUGUCAAGUAAGUGCCCUUGAU